AUGUCGACGCGAAUCUCCACUCUCCGAUCGCUCCUCCCUUCUCUCCAAUCGUCUCUCGAGACGUUCAACGCCUCACCGUCGAAGUUCCACGUCGUCCGGACGAUCAACCCGUCACCCACGCAACCCCGCACGCUCUACAUCCUCGACUCGUCCUUCAACCCGCCCUCUCGCGCGCACCUAUCGCUCGCGACUUCCGCUUUGAACAAUCGACUACAGGGUGAAGAGAACCCCGCCCGCUUACUCCUGCUCUUCAGCACACACAAUGCCGAUAAAGCGCCCAGCCCCGCGAGCUUCGUGCAGCGCAUCGCGCUCAUGACUGUCUUCGCCGAGGACGUCUUGCGCAACCUUCAGGGCUCCUCGAGCGCUUCCGAAGACACGAAGAAUGUCAGCAUCGACAUCGGCCUAACAAAAGAGCCGUACUACACAGACAAAUCCGUCGCCAUUGCCGCCGAGGCACCCGAGAUCUACGCCUCAAAGCCCAUACACGUUCAUCUUGUUGGCUACGACACGCUGAUUCGCUUGUGCAAUCCGAAAUAUUACGCUGAAUACAAGCCGCCGCUGUCUGCGCUUAAGCCAUUUUUCGAUGCGGGGCACAAGCUGAGGGUUACGCAGAGGCCGUAUGAUAAGAAUGACUCUUCCUCCAAAGAGUUUGGGACGGUAGAGGACCAGGAGAAGUACUUGCAGAACAUCAAGGACGGUGCGCUGGAGAAAGAUGGGUUCGAGGCGGGAUGGGGAGAAAACAUCGACAUGGUUGAGGGUACCGGCAUGGGUAUUAGCUCGACGAGGGUGAGGAAGGAGGCGAAAGACGGGAACUGGGACGAGGUGGGAAGGUUGUGUACCGAGGGCGUUACUGCAUGGAUACGAGAGGAGGUAUUGUAUGCGGAGGAUGACAGUGGGAAGAAGAUGAUGGGGUGA